UCCCACCGAGUUAAUGUGCAACACCUUUUGACAGCAAAAGGUAAAGAAAGAGGUUUUAAAUACUAUAUUUAACUUCUCUUGGCAUUUGGUAUAAAGUUCAGGCGAUGCUUCAAUGCUUUAUUUAAUUCGCCUGCGUCAAAAAGUUACUUUUGUGACUUUAUUUGGGUCAGAAGGUAGUUAGUGAAGCUAGUUCCGCCUUGCUUUCUCUCAGUGAUGGACAGCAGCGACAAGUGUCAAAAGUAAGCAGGGGUCAACGAGACACAGGGAAAACACGUCUCCUGCUUUUCGGAUACUUACCUCACAGUGGGAUUUGAGUGGUCACUAGAAAAGGAACUGCUGACUGCUGUGUCACUGUGACACUGUGAUGGAAAAUCCUGAUGAUGACGUUGAUCUGCAACACAGCACAGCAGGGGGUGAAGAAGGAAUCUCUGGUGGGGGGACACCACCAACCAAGCGCAAAGGCAAGUUCUCCAAAAUGGGAAAGAUCUUCAAGCCCUGGAAGUGGAGAAAGAAGAAGCCGAGUGAGAAGUUCACUGAAACAUCGAUAGCUUUGGAAAGAAAGAUUUCUGUUAGAAAAAGUCGCCAAGAGCUGAUUGCAAGAGGAGUUCUUAAGGACAUCCCAGAAAAUGAGAGCAAUGAAGUGAACCACUCUAAACCUCCACCAGUGAAAAAUGGACACCCCGUGCCAAUGGACGUGGACAGGGUGUCGGAAGCUGGGGCGCGAGUGUCUCGAGGGGAAUCUGACACAAAGAUGAAUCCCCUCAGGCUGCCCCAGGGAGAUGAACGUCAGAGCAGAGCACCGUCCGAUGCCUCCCGAAGUAAUCGAGCACCUCUGGAUGUGGACUCUCAUGCACGGCUUUCUGUGGAUGUAGACAGAAGAAGCCGUCUGCCAUCAGAUGUCGAUAAGAGAGGAGGAUCUUUACCCCGAGGACCUCCUCAAGACGAUAGAUACCGCAGAGAAGAGAGGAGAGAUGGAAAAGAUGACAGAGAAGACAGAGGAAGAAAGGACAGGGAAGAUAUAGAAAGAAGGGACUGGCGAGAGGAAAGGGAAAGGGAUGGGGUAGUUGACCGGCGGGAAGACAGAGACCCCAGAGAAAGGCGAGAAUGGAGAGAUGACCGAGAGAGAUGGAGAGAUGAAAGGACAGACCGGGAGAAUAGGGACAGGAGAGAUCAUGACGAGAGGCAACGGAGAGAUCGGGAUGAGAGGGAAAGGAGGGAUCGAGAUGAGAAGGAACGAAGAGACCGUGAGGAAAGAGAGCGGAGAGAUCGAGAUGAGAGGGAAAGGAGGGAUCGGGAUGAGAAGGAACGAAGAGACCGUGAGGAGAGAGAACGGAGAGAUCGGGAUGAGAGGGAAAGGAGGGAUCGGGAUGAGAGGGAAAGGAGGGAUCGGGAUGAGAAGGAACGAAGAGACCGUGAGGAGAGAGAACGGAGAGAUCGGGAUGAGAGGGAAAGGAGAGAUCGAGAUGAUAGAGAGAGGAGGGACCACAGAGACAGGAGAGAAGAUAGGGAUCGGCGGCUUGAGAGGGAUAGGAGAGAGAACCGAGAUGACAGAGAAGAGGGGGAUAGGAAAGACGUGCGAGCAGAAAGAGAUGAUAGAGACAGAAGAGAUGAUAGAGAUAGAAGAGAUGACAGAGACAGGCGAGAAGACAGGGACAGGAGAGAGGACAAGGACAGGUGGGAUGACUGGGCCAAGAGAAAUGAAAGAGAGCGACGAGAAGAGCGGGAAAAGAGGGAGGAGAAGGAGAGAAGAGAAAAGCCGGAUGACCCGCGGCCUAUAGUCAGGCCUGUCUCUGAGAUGGACUUGAGGCCUAGUCUACAGAAGAGCUCCUCAGAGGACAACAAGAAAGUCCGUCCUGCGUCAGAGGCUGACCGGAGGAGUACGCUGCCCAGAUACACCCCAUCUGUAGAGUUCAGAGAGCGCUCAGAAUCUGCUGCUGUCCGCUUUGCCCCUGACCCUCAUCCAACGCAAGACUCACAGCAGGAACCUCCCCCACCCAAACAAGCGCUGCUUCCCCCCAAAUUCCUGACUGCUCCUUCCGCUGAGUCCGGCAGGAGUCCAACCCCCCCCUCCUCCUCAUCCUCAUCCUCCUCAUCCUCGUCCUCGUCCUCUGCUCCUAUCUCUGUGGUCAAGCCUCCAAGGACUGUCUCCCUAAUAGCUGAUGAUCCACCUCGACCCCCCCUUGCUGCUCCUUCCUCAGCCGACUCUGACGCACCACCCCCAGUCCCUCCCCAUGCCAAGCAGCCUCCUGUCCCUCCACCCAAACCCACCAACCGCAACAGCAACCCUGCAGUACUCGCUUCCUCAUUGAACAGGGGCUCUAAGGCCAGGCAGCCUUGUUCCUGGACCAGCUGGAGACGUCAGAGCGAGCUCGGCCUCUACCUUUCUCUACCUGUGUACCUGCGGCACAGGGCUGGAGCGGAGCUUUCACAGCCUGGCAGCGGUGUCAUCGUAGUCCCAGCACCCGCUAAGCGCUCUCCACCCACCCCACCAAAGAGGAUGACCCCUGUCACCAAGCGCCACUCUGUGGAUCCUACCCCUCCCAGUCAGGUUCCAGAGUCUGCCUCCACUGACCUGGCUCCCGCGCCUGCACCGGCGCACCCUGCUGUCCUUAAAGGAGAUAACAGCGAAGACAAAACAAAUGCAGCUGCUCCUCAGACCUCCACCGACCCUCUGCCUUCACCGCCGUCCCACAUUCCUCCAUCCCCUCCCAGGGUUCAGUCGCUCCAGCCACCCGCCAACACCUCCUCUGGUCCUGUCCCCACAGUGCAAGCGGAUCCCCCCAGCCCGACCACUGAGCCUCCCAGCCAGCCUCCAGCCAUCCCCCUACACAUCCUCAUCCAGAGAGCUCUUGCCAGCCCCGGCCCAGUUCAGCCAAAUCCAGACGGUUCCCAGAGGGCACACUCACUACUAUUUGAGUCUCCUCCAGAUUUCCUCACCGAGGCGGGGGGUAACUCACGGCAUUCUCUCCCUAUCACCAUUGAACCUCUCAGGCUGCCCGAAGACGAUGACUUUGACAUGGAGGAAGAGAUGCGGAAGCUGCAGCCGCGGAGGCCUCCCCGCCAGCCGGAGCUGGAGCCCCGCAGCAGGAGGGGUUUGGUCGGCGACCCCAGAGUCAGCGUCAUCCCUGAGGGCGGAGGCCCCGGCGACAGCGAGGAGGAGUCUGACUCUGACGGCCCCAUCCUGUACAGAGAUGAUGAUGAUGAGGACGACGACGAUGAGGAAGGCCCUCCAAGUGGUCUGGCGAGUCGAGUGAAGAGGAAGGACACGUUAGCCCUGAAGUUGGAGAGACAGGAGAGACAAGAGAGAGAUGAGAGGGAAGCUCAGGAGAACUACGACGGCAUGAGCUGGCAGAACAGGGAGCAGUGGGUGGCAGUGAGGAACAAGAUCGGCACUACACUGACACGGCGGCUGAGUCAGAGGCCCACAGCAGAGGAGCUGGAGCAGAGAAACAUUCUUCAGGCCAAGAAUGAAGCGGAUCGACGAUUAGAGAGAUGCGAGAUCAAACGGAGGCUCACCAGAAAGCUGUCCCAGAGACCCACAGUGGCUGAGCUCCAGGCGAGGAAGAUCCUCCGCUUCCACGAAUACGUCGAGUCCACCCACGCCCACGACUAUGACCGGCGAGCAGAUAAACCGUGGACAAAGCUCACUCCUGCUGACAAGGCUGCCAUUCGCAAGGAGCUCAAUGAAUUCAAGAGUUCAGAGAUGGAGGUCCACGAAGAAAGCAGGAUCUAUACCCGGUUCCAUCGGCCUUAGCUGUCUUUGCUAAUCGGUAUAGCACUUAGACUGGGAGCAGAGAGGCGGAACAAGCCCUUCUCCCCACUAUGAGCUGAACAUGUGGUCCACUUGGUUUGUCUUUUUUUUUUUUUUUUUUAACUGACUGCCUGCUAAACUGCAUCAGCUGAAGAUGCUGCUGACGCUGAUAAACUGGAACCAAAGUGAAAGAAGCCACACACAGUUCAACCACGGCUGGUUCUCAAACAUACUCCAGUUCUUAGUCUGUGGAAUUCAGGACAGGAGGAGUUUGUUUUGCUCGUGGUGCCAACACUAAAAGAGUGAGGAAUCCCUCCUCCAUCCCACUGCUGUGGGCUCAGAGAGAGAGAGAGGGAGUUCAACUGAACUGAAAGGGUGACUCUUCGGAGGGUUAUCACACUGCCUCCCUCAGAGGAAACCGCUCUCACCAUGCCUUUACCUGCCUUCGUGAUAUAAUUUCUCCCUCCCUUUCAGAACAGAGACUAUGCACACAAUGAGAUAAUUGCGGUUCCUGUUAGCACUGAUGGUGUUACCACUGAAUGAAUCCAGAGUCUGUUUAAACACUGUGUACAUGUGCAUGUUUGGUUUGGUCUGCCCUAAAGGUGCCACGCGGCACUGGCCUUACUGUACUACUCACGAGAUCUAACACACUGAUGUAACUUAAACUUUAGACAAAAUGUGAAAGAUGUUGGGACAGCAGUGUGUUUCUUAUUUAAACCUCAGUCGUAGCUUCCUUUGAAUCAACCGCUGAGCUCUGAUUCUGAUCCACUCUCCUGAAGUGUGCAUUUUACUGUAUUUUCUUGAUCAUUUAGGUGAUUCUCAUGGAGAACAUAUCACUAAAUUAUCUUCUAAUAAGGCACCUUAUGUUCCUUAAUUGGGUGUAUAGAAAAUUGAAAAGUUUUGAGCCUCAAAUUCUUUGUUAAUAAUAAUUGAAUUAUUGAAGCAGGAAAAUAUACAUAAUAUACAUAUCUUAUUUUCCUAGCUGUUUUAUGGUACUUUAUAUGUGUAAGUCAAUAGAUGGCUGCAAGUGUAUAGAUCAAUAUGUAGAUUUGAUUAACUUUAUAACUUUAUAUUGUAUAUCUACAGUAAUGCUGACACGUUUUAAUUGUAAAGUGUUUCUCAAAUGUUAUUUUCAAGUAGUAAUGGUACAAAAUUCCUUUUUUUUUUUUUUUUUUUGAUACAGAGAUCUUUAAACUUUUUGCAACCACACUGUAUAAAUGAGCAAUCCACUCAGAAAUUAAAAUAAUCUGUGA